AUGGUACCAUAUGAGGCUUUGUAUGGAAGAAAAUGUAAAACGCCUCUGUGUUGGACUGAGCUUGGUGAAGAUAAGUUAAUAGGACCAGACUUGGUGAAACAAAUUGAGGAGAAAGUAAAGAUCAUUAAGGAUAAUUUGAAAGUUGCCUCAGAUAGACAGAAAUCUUAUGCAGAUUUAAAGAGGAAAGAUAUUGAGUAUAAGGUUGGUGAUAAAGUCUUUUUAAAGGUGUCACCAUUAAAGAAGGUGCUCAAAUUUGGGAAGAAGGAUAAGUUAACCCCUAGGUUUAUCGGUCUAUACGAGAUCAUCAAACGUGUUGGUUCGGUAGCUUAUAGACUAGCAUUACCGUCAGAGCUGGACAAGAUUCACAAUGUAUUUCAUAUCUCAAUGCUAAGGAGAUUCAGAUCAGAUCCCUCACAUGUCUUAUCAGUGGAGACCAUUGACAUACAACUUGAUUUGACAUAUAAGGAGGAACCAGUAAAGAUCUUAGCAUGA